AUGGGAGACGCAGCAACAUCAGCGGGCGCAGCAUCGCCUGCUGACGCCGCGGCAGCCCUGGAUGCCACCGGCGGCGACGAGUGGGAGGGCUUUGACCGCUUUGCGGCUGUCCAGGAAGUGCUGGACCGCAACGCGGUUCUCAUCGCACAGAUCGAUGCCAACCACCGCACGCGCACGGCGGAGGCGUUGCAGCGCAACGUGGUCCUGGUGCGCGAGCUUAACGCUAACGUGGCCCGCGUGGUGGAGCUCUACGGGGGGCUGGCGGACGCCAUGCUAGGCGGCGGCGACGGCGCGCAAGGGCCGCCACGGGAGGAGGACGCAGCUGUUGGUGGUGCGCAGCAGCCGCAGCAGCAGCAGCAGCAGCAGCAGCAGCAGCAGCAGCAGCAGCAGCAGCAGCAGCAGGAGCAGCAGGAGCAGCAGCAGCAACAGCAGCAUGACAGCAGAGGCGGCGGCGAGGAGGCUGCUCGAGUUGGGUCAUAA